AAUUUCGCGUCUAGUUUUGGAAGAUUUUUGUUUGUAAUUUUGUUUUCAUUUAACCACACUAGCCCAAAGAUAAGAUAGUAUAUGAGUCUCAAUUAAUAGUUAUUUAAAUAGUAGUUAAAGAAGUACAAUGAAUGCCCUGCUGGAUUACGGUUCAUCUUCCAGUGGCUCCGAAGAUAGUGAUGAUGAUGAAAAAUCAACUAAAGAUAGUGGAAAACCGAAGUUACCCAAGCCGGCACUUGGCGACAGUAAUGUAAACACUACAACCUCGGUAUUUUCGAAUCCAUUCGUAGCAGCUGAGCAGGCCAAAUCAGCGAUACUAGAAAAACAUGUGAAAAUGGUUCCAGGUAAAGACAAUAUACAAAUGAUAAACGGUAAAAAGAUCUGCUGGAAUCACAGAAAAGGAAGGUGCCGUUUUGGUCAUAACUGCAAAUAUGCACAUGACUCUGACAUCCAGAAGUCUUCAGAAGAAUUAGAGGCUGACAAACAGAAAUUAAAAACUGUUGUGUGUGAAGGGUCUGGCACAAUGACUGCAGCGCCACCGCCUCAAAUAGCCCUAGACCCUGUGGCACCAACUGAUGAUGAGGCAUGGGAGGGGAAACUUGGCAAAAGGAAAAAAAGACCAGGCCUCAGUGCAGGUUUGGUUCCCUCACAGAAAGUCAUGAAGAUUUACAAGCAGCAGAAGAGUAAGGACCUAGUUAAGAAAUAAACAUUUGAC